AUGUUCUUCAAGGUGGUUUGCGUGCUAUCUGUAGCUGUAGCCGUGGCAUCAGGGUACGGCCACUCCUCCCAAUACAUCCACCGUCACGACGGACACCAUCAGCCCGUGUACCAUGGACAUGGAUAUCAUGACUACUAUACCUACCCCAAGUACGAGUUCGGUUACGAAGUAUCGGACCCCCACACUGGGGACCACAAGUCACAGCACGAGCACCGCGACGGCGACGCUGUGAGCGGACACUACUCGCUGCAGCAGCCCGACGGCUCCGGCAGACAUGUUCACUACCAUGCCGAUGACCAUACUGGUUUCCACGCGACGGUAAAGCACAGCACUCACCACAUCGUGCCUCAUUAUCAUUACUGAAGCAUUCCUGAUUCUUCAAAGAGUAAUCCUCC